AUGGCGCUUCCAGUGUUGGAUUUAGAACUCUUUCGUCGCAGAUUAAAAAGUUUCUAUAAUAGUUGGAGAGAGACUACGCCUGAAGUGGAUGCUACAGUCAUCUCUGUUGGCAGCGAUGACAAUAUUAUUUAUGCUAAGUCAAUAGCUGUUCAGGCAUGGCUUCUUGGGUGUGAAUUGCGCGAUGUUAUAAUUGUAUUAUGCCAUGACCGGCUGUAUAUUUGUGCUGGACGAAAGAAGAUUGAAUUUUUACAACCCUUACAAGAAUGCACUGACGAAAACAUAAAAAGUGUGAUUUACUUGACAAAGCAUAAAGGUGUGGAUGAUAACCGUGAUAAUUUCACAGAAUUAAUAGAUGCUAUCAAGAAAAGUAAAGAUGGUAAGAAUGUUGGAGUAAUACCCAAAGAUAGGCUCACUAGUGAUUUUACUGAAGCUUGGAAGGAUGUGCUAGAUAAUGAUAAUGAAUUAGCAAAGGUUGACAUCACGCCAACGAUUGUACAGGCAAUGGCUCCAAAGGACGAGUCAGAAAUUAACCUGAUUAAGAAAGCUGCACAUAUCACUUCUGAAGUAUUUUCUAAGCAUUAUAUCAUGCAGAUCAUGAGCAUCAUAGAUCUUGAAAAGAAAGUUAGUCAUUACAAACUAGCGGAAUCUAUUUCUAAUGCUAUCGAAUCCGAAAAAUAUUUAGCUCCUAAUAUGGACCCUCAAUUGGUAGAAGUUUGUUAUCCACCAAUUAUCCAAAGUGGUGGAAAACAAAAUCUUAAAUUUAGUAUAACUAGCAAUAAUGAACUCUUGAAGUAUGAUAUUAUUACGUGCUUUUUUGGAGCACGAUAUAAGCUUUAUUGCUCCAAUAUUGUGCGAACUUUGCUUGUUGAACCAACUGAAAGGCAACAACAAUUGUAUAAUUUGUUACUUGAAGUGGAAGAAAUUAUUUUACAGGAACUUAAAGAAGGAGUUAAGUUAGCAGAAGUUUAUGAUAAAGCGAAGAAUUACGUCGUUAAAAGAAAACCGGAAUUAGAAUCUAACUUUGUUAAAAGUGUCGGUUUUGCCACUGGAAUCGAGUUUCGCGAAAGCGUUCUAUCAAUUAGUCCAAAGUGCACCGUAUCUGUUAAAAAGGGAAUGGUUUUCGUAGUCAACGUGGGCUUCUCUGAUAUAGCGUAUGAAAACGAUAAGGCAAAUACGUAUGGUCUGUUCGUUGGGGAUACUGUAAUUGUUAAUGAGGAUACUUCGGCAACUGUUUUAACUUCAGCUAAAAAGAAAAUAAGAAAUAUUGGCAUUUUUCUGAAGAAUGAAGAUGAAGAUAGUGAAGAGGAAGAUGAGAGCGAUGUAAUGCCAAGAAGAUCUACUACUAUUUUGGAGAGUAGAACGAGGUCUGAAGAAACUGCCGAAGAUAGAAGAAAAGUUCAUCAAGCUGAGCUCAAAAGGAAAUUAAACGAAGAGGCUAAGGUAUUAUUUGUUGAAACCCCAUCUGUAUAUGAUAUCAAAAUUUUCGUCAAAGAGAAAUUAUCAUAUAAAAAUCAGAGCCUUAUGCCCAGAGACCCUGAUAUUAGUAAUCUGAAGAUAUACAUCGAUAAGAAGCAAGAAUCUAUAAUUCUGCCAAUUUUUGGCAUAGCAACGCCAUUCCAUAUAUCAACGAUUAAGAACGUCAGUCAGAGUGUCGAAGGCGACUAUUGUUAUUUAAGAAUUAACUUCUUCUAUCCUGGCAGUGCCUUGGGUCGUUUCGAUGGCAACGUAUUUUCUCAACCAGAUGCUACCUUCUUGAAAGAACUUACGUUCCGGAGUCUUAACACGAAGCAAUCUGGUUCAACGACUUCUCCCAGUAUGAAUCUUAUGACUGCAUUUCGUUUAAUUAAAGAAGUACAGAAGGUUUAUAAAACUCGAGAAACUGAACAACGAGAAAGAGCGGGUAUCGUAGAACAAGAGGCUUUAAUAGUUAACCCUAACCGUAGUAAUCCACGUCUGAAAGAAGUCUAUCUUCGACCGUCUGUUAGUCAAAAGAGAGUAUUAGGAACUUUGGAGGCACAUACUAAUGGUUUUAGAUAUACGUCUGUCAAAGGAGAAAAGAUUGAUAUUCUUUAUGCUAACAUAAAACAAGCCUUUUUCCAGCCAUGCGAUCACGAAAUGGUCAUUUUAUUACAUUUCCACCUGCAAAAUGCCGUGUUAAUGGGCAAGAAAAAGGUGACAGAUAUCCAAGUUUAUACGGAGAUAGGAGAGAUAUCGGCUGACUUGAGCAAAUACCGCCACAUGCAUGAUAGAGACGAUUUAAUGGCUGAACAGACUGAACGAGAACGUAGACACAAAUUAAAAGUCUCUUAUAUGGGAUUUACUGAAAAGAUUGAGAAUCUAACAAAUAAGCAAGUAGAAUUUGAUACCCCUAUAAGAGAACUGAGUUUCUAUGGCGUACCACAUCGAAGUACGGUCCUGCUACAAUUAUCGAACUUCUGUCUGGUCCACCUUAUAGAACAGCCUGUCUUCAUUGUAUUCUUCCGAGAAGUGGAAUUAAUCCAUUUUGAACGUGUUCAGUUUCACUUAAAGAGCUUCGACAUGGUGAUAAUUUUUAAAGAUUAUUCAAGAAAAGUUGCAACUAUUAACUCUAUUCCUAUGUCAUCGCUUGAUAAGAUAAAGUCUUGGUUCGAUCAAUAUGAUAUUCGAUAUACGGAAGGCAUUCAAAACCUCAAUUGGACUAAUAUAAUGAAAACUAUCAACGAAGAUCCUGAAGGUUUUUUCGAGAAUGGUGGCUGGAAUUUUUUAGAUAUGAACGACGAGGACAAUGGCAAUGAAUCUCUUGAUGAAUCAGAAGAAGAUGAUGUUUACGAACCAUCAACGGACGAAGAUGAAGAUGAAGAUUAUGAAGAGUCGAUGUCAUCUGCCGUCGAAACAGAUGAUGAAGAAGAUGAAUUGUGUGAAUUAGAUAGUGACGAAUCAGAGGGUAAAGACUGGGAUGAACUGGAAGCAGAAGCUGCUAAAGCUGAUCGAGAAAAGCAACCAGAGUAUGAUGAAGAUAAUAACUCAAGGAAACGCGGAAUGAGUAAAAGUUCGGCCAAUAAUCGCCCAAAGAAAAAGUCCAGACAUUAA